AAUUCAUGACAUGUGGGAUUUAAAAAAAACAUUGGGCAGGCGUGAUUGUUGGAAACAUUUCUGGAAAAGUGCAUAAAAAUUAAAUUAAAACUCCACAUUAAGAAAGUGAAGCGUAAACUACUGGUUGGAAAGUACAAGGCCAACUUGACAUUUUUAGAGGAAUUUUCGAAUAAGUGUAAAUAAAUUAAGAAACAAAAAGAUGGAAGCCGAGAACGGAGAGGGACAAGUUCAGGUGCAUUUGAAAACAAAACAGGAACAAUAUGGUGUACCCGAUGUUCCCUAUUCCAUUGAUGCCACAGUGGCCACCACCGAGCUGAAUACCUUUGUCAAUACAUUGCUGGAACAAACCUCCACAGAUGACAGCCAUCGUACGGUGGAAUUUGAUUUUUUGGUAUUCGAUGAAUAUUUGAGAGGGAGACUUUGUGAUCAUUUGCGCGAAAAAGCCAUUUCCUUUGAAGACGCCAUUGAAAUUGAAUACGUCGAGAGAUUUCCAGCACCUGAACCACAAGAUUGUUUGCUACACGAUGAUUGGGUAUCGGCUGUGAAGACAUGUGGCAAAUGGGUGCUGACAGGCUGCUAUGAUAACACCAUCAACAUUUGGACCAUCAAGGGAAAACAUGUUCUUACAAUACCCGGUCAUUCGAUGCCUAUAAAAGCUGUGUCUUGGGUGUCACUUGACGAAGAGCGGGGCAAAUUUAUUUCAUGCUCUCAGGAUCAGACCGCCAUGCUGUGGGAAUGGAUGGUGGAAACAAAUUCCGUGGAAUGUGUAUCGGUUUGUAAGGGCCAUGAACGUGGCAUUGAUUGUGUUGAUGUUAGUCCGACUAAAGAUCGAUUUGCCACUGGGUCUUGGGACACAAUGUUGAAAAUAUGGUCGGCGGAAAUUAAUGAAAGCGCAGAGGGAUCAACGAAAAAGGCGAAGCUGGAAGGUGGUUCUACAAGGACACCCAUCAUGACAUUGCAAGGCCAUCGUGAAUGCAUUUCAGCCGUCCAAUGGAUGGACAAAGACACCCUGCUGACAAGCAGUUGGGAUCACACAAUGAAAGUUUGGGAUCUAAAUAUGGAGGGUAUUAAAACAGAGAUUUCUACAAAUAAGUCAAUUUUCGAUGCUAGUUAUUCCAAUCUGAAUCAUCUCAUUGUCACCGCAUCGGCUGAUAAGAAUAUAAGACUUUAUGACCCGCGAACAAACCAUGGUUCGGUGGUUCGUAACACCUACUUGGGUCAUCAGCAAUGGGUCGAAACAAUUAUGUGGUCAACAACAGAGGAAUAUCUAUUUGUUUCGGGAUCAUAUGAUAAUCAAAAUAAAUUAUGGGAUUGUCGUAGCCCCAAAGCUCCACUAUACGAUUUAAUUGGCCAUGGUGAUAAGGUCUUGGACAUUGAUUGGUCAAAUCCAAAAUAUAUUGUAUCUGGUGGUUCGGAUAACACCGUACGUGUCUAUAAGUCACGUAAAGCUGUAAACGGCGGCAGUAAAAUGGAAACUGGAAAGUAACUGCAAUUCCUCACAGAAUCCCUCGCUAAAAAAUAACUAAAUGUACAAACAAUACACAAUAACCACAAUUCUAAAGUAAAAUAUUUUCCGCGAAAAUAUUGGCAAACAACUUUAUGGACUUGACUAAGGACAGGACUACAUUUUUUGAGAUAAUAAUUGUUUUUUAUGAAUACACAUGUAUAGAAAAAUAAUAAAUGGACAUAAUCCUAA